AUGGCAUCAUCAGCGAAUCCCACGGCGCUGCAUCCCUUCCAAGCAGCCGCCAUCGCCAACAUCAGAGCCCAAGCCCUGCAGCUCAAGCCAGAUGCUCUCGCCAACAUCAACCACAUUUUCCGCAUGUCUAACAUCCCCAUAGCAAAGCUGGAUGACGUCCGAAAAGCGAUUGCUCAGAAUGCCCGUGUUGCACUGCAUUUCCACCCCGACCGCCCGUCUCGCAACGGCCGCACAGUCGUUGAAUCUCUUCUGGAAGACGGCACUUAUCGGAAUCAGUUUGAAACGGGCAUCUCAAACGGCCUCGUUGCGACGCAGUUGGGAGGUGCUCGCGAUGAAUGGGAGAGAGGUCUCUUUAGCGGUGCAUAUCACGGUUUUGCCUCCAGUGGCUCAGAUACUCUGGAUGCUUUUGAUCCGUCGCUGAGGCCGAAAUACGGUGCCUUGGAUCUCAUGCGUAAUUCUGACGGUCCUGCACCGAGAUUCGGGUCGUGCUACUUUCUGCUUCGCCCAGAGGUCUCUUCACGGUCUACAUUCACCUUUGGGGGCUCGCAGGCUGCUCCGUGGGAUAGAGGGACGAUUGAUGAGUUUGAUGCGAUCUUGGCCGCUUUACUGGAAGAAUGCUUCACAAGAGAUGCUGCGCUGGGGGUGGAAGAUGUGAGGCCGAAGCAGAUGGUGGACUAUAUCAACGCUCUGAGCGAGUCCCUUCUUGUGGAAGACAAAUACAACAGACUCCCGAGCCGUAACCUGGAUCGCUUGAUCGAGGCGCAAAUCCAUGGUAAUGUUCUCCUCUCGCGCGAUGUGGAAGCUCUGGUUGUUGAUCCGUCGUUUUUCGCCCGCGGCGACACUGGGUUUCUUCUAAAGGCACUGGGCGAAACGUAUGGCUUUCCGGUCAUUGUGCAUCACGGGUUUCGGUUGCCUUUAGAGAACGUUCCGGAUGACUUUCGGGGUCCUACGAUGCCUUCUCUGGCGGCAAGGAUUGCGCUUGACGGCGUUGUGGAUGUGCAAGUCGUUGGGGAGGCAGUGAGAGAUGCAGUUUCUGGCGGACAGUUGCUGAGGGAUAGAGGGACUUUGGCGGAGAUUUUGCAGGAACUGAAGCUGUUGUGGCAUGUCUUGGUUCGAUAUGGGUAA